GGUUGGCAUGGACGAGUUUGACCAAAGGGUGUGUUUCCAUGCUAUAUGACUCUUCUCAAAUUGGCAGAAUUUCCCAGUAGGAUACAUGUUGUGCCUCAGAUAUUCACUGUUUGUUUUAUUUUGGGAUAGACAACCACAAAUCCAAGUUUACCAGUAACAUAGAGGUGUCACUGUGAGCAUUGUAGAUGGAAAUGUGACAUUAGAAAAGAUUAUUGAAGAAACGGCUGGCAUUUGUGUAGCACCAUUCAACCACAGGACAUGUCAACGUUACAGCCAGUGUAGUAAUAUUUUCAAUUGUAGCUGCUGUUGUAGGAAACACGGCAGCCAAUUUCCACAUUAUCAACAUGCAUGAUAAUCUGUUUUGUGAUGUUAAUUGAGAGAUAAGUUAUGAGAAUGGGUUAAACCUGGCAGUUCAAGUACAUAAAUAUUGUAAGAAGUGGAGGUGGACAAAGUCAGAAAUCACAUAACACCAGGGUAUAGUCCAACAGGUUUAUUUGGAAUCACAAGCUUUCAGAGCCCUGCUCCUUCAUCAGGUGAAGUCCUGUGAUUCUGGUAAUCUGAAAAUAUUUAGGGAUAUGGGUGGUUUUGUGAAGUCAGGUUUGCAGAAGAGCAAUGAUCUUAUUCAUUAAUAGAAGUUUCCAGGGGCUGAAGGCUACACUGGGAGUAAAAUGGAGUACCUUAACUUAGUCUAUCCUUUGUAAGGUAAUACAAUAAUACCUUUUGGAGAUGCCAGUGUUGGACGGGGGUGGAUAAAGUUUAAAAAUCACACAACACCAGGUUAUAGUCCAACAGGUUUAUUUGGAAGCACUAGCUUUCAGAACACUGCUCCCUCAUUGUACCUGUGCGAGUAUGUUAAAGUACAGCUUUAAUUGCAGCUGCUUCCGGUGAUACAACUUAAUAUUUCACAAUGUGAGUGAGCUUCCCUGAGUCAGUGCACACCGCCACUGGCCCAUCCGCUCCCCUCUGCAGGGGGACGCUGCACCCGUCAAUCAAACCUCACCCACAUCCUGUGGCCACCCGCAUGACCUCAUCUCCGCGCGCCGCACGCUUGCGCGUUGAAAUUGUUGGCGCCAAAUGUAACGGCGAAGGAGAGGAGAUAGACCACCAACCACCAUGGACAUCAGAAGAUUCUUUGGUGGCCUUUCUACUGGGAAGAAACCUGGGAGUGAGACUUUGGAAAGGAAUCGGGCUAAAAAUGUUGGCAAGGGAACUUCAGAUACAAAGAAGAAAACUGAUACCAAGGGAAAGGAUUCAUGCAAUUCAAUAUCAGGAAAGCAAAAGCCAGUGCACAGAAAAAAACACAUUAUUUAUGAUUCAGAUUCUGAAUCUGAAGAGACUCCUCCAGAUAAGAAAUCUAAGAAAAACUCUUGCACCACCAAACCUGUGAAGCCUUCCAAACUAGAGACUGUUACAAUAAUUUCUGAAACUGACGAAGAGGAAGAUUUUCAACAAAGUACGAAGAUUGCCCAGAGGUAUCAAGAAAAUGGUGGUCACCCUGGAACAUCUAGCUCUGGAAGGUCUGCAGACAAUAAAUUGCAGGUCAAAUCGCCACAGCCUAAACCAGCGAGUCCAGAGAAACUCACCUGCACAUCUGUGCGCGAUUACUUUGGCACAAGCACAGUUCAGAGAUCAAAUAAAAAACUGGUGGCUAGCAAAAGGAAAGCACCUUCAGGCAGUGCUGGUUCCACAAUUGAUGAUGAGGAGCUGGCUCGUCAGCUGCAACUUGAUGAGGAUGCAGAGCUUGAGAGGCAGCUACAUGAGGAUGAACAAUUUGCUAAAACACUGGCCAUGUUGGAUGAGUUGCCAAAAAGUAAAAAGGCCCGUACUGAUUCUGAAGGCCAGGAACUAUCCUUAUCCUUGGUUGUAAAUGCUGAACCCAGAAAAACAGAUGAACAGGCAGCGGAACAUUCUGGUAAAGCCAAUAUGUUGAGUGGAACUGACAGCAAUGUGAAAAAUUGUACUGAGAAAGUUGUAAGUAGCAAAUCACAGAGCCUGAGGACUUCCUCCCAACACUCACCUGAAUCUUCCAGUGUUAAAGUGGAAAACUCAUUUAGUAAAUCAUCUCCAGUCAAAAGCAGUACAAAACUUGCUAUCAUGAAACGUAAAGAAGAACUAACGCACGUGAUAGGAAACAGUCCAACAAGAUCAGCCCAAGAGAAGAGAAGUUCGCCAAGGAAAGAGGAGAAAACUGGAUUUUCAAAGCAAGGUCAAACCAAGAUUUCUCCUAAGAAAGAAGAAAAAACUGUCUCUCCAAAUAAAGAGAAGAUUUCUCCAAACAAAAAGAAAAUAUCCCCAAAUAAAUCUGAGUCUGAGAACCCAGAGACCGCUGAAAAGAAGCGUCAGAAUUACCUGGCCUACCGUAGCUUCCUGAACCGUGAUGGUCCUCGAGCUCUGGGGUCUAAAGAAAUCCCUCAGGGAGCUGAGAACUGCUUGGAAGGACUUUCGUUCGUUAUUACAGGAGUCCUGGAGUCCAUGGAACGUGAUGAUGCUAAAUCUUUAAUCGAACGUUAUGGAGGGAAGCUGACAGGAAAUAUUAGCAAGAAAACCAAUUACUUGGUAACUGGUCGAGAAGGUGGACGAGCAAAACUGGACAAGGCUGAGAGUUUUGGAACAAAGCAAAUUGAUGAAGAUGGAUUGCUGGAUCUAAUUCGUAGAUUGCCAGGAAAGAGAUCCAAGUAUGAGAUUGCAGCUGAAAAUGAGGUGAAGAAAUCAAAUAAUGCGAGAGAGGGUGGGAGGAUCAUGCAGAAAGGCGAACACCAGAGCAAGACGAUUUCACCGAUAUCGAAGAAACAGUGUGAAGAUAACAAGGGCAGUCCGUCAACACCUGAAAACGGCGAGUCUUCAAGAUGUGCUAAGAGGAGUAUUUUGUUCAAAGCAGAUCCUUUCAGCAAUCAACCUGAAGUGAAGUGUGAACCUCAGUUGCAAACUUCAAUGAAGGAAGAGCAGAGUUUGCUGUGGGUGGAUAAAUACAAACCUGCAGCGCUGAAGAAUAUAAUAGGACAGCAAGGGGAACAAAGCUGUGCAAAUAAACUAGUUCGUUGGUUGAAACGAUGGCAUGUGAACAACUCUGGGGACAGCAAACCCACAGCAAAAUUCACUAAAUUUGGUGGAAAGGAUGAUGGUUCAAGUUUCAAAGCUGCACUGCUGUCCGGUCCUCCUGGUGUAGGUAAAACAACCACAGCCACUCUGGUCUGUAAGGAUCUGGGCUACAGCUAUGUUGAACUUAAUGCCAGUGAUGCUCGCAGCAAAAACACACUGAAGGAAGUGAUAGCAGAGUCACUGAACAAUACAAGUAUCAAAGGAUUCUCAUCAGGAGCACCAUCAGUAAGCACUAAACACUUGCUAAUCAUGGACGAGGUGGAUGGAAUGGCUGGCAAUGAGGACAGGGGAGGGAUACAGGAAAUGAUUUCUCUCAUUAAACGGACCAAAGUUCCUAUUCUCUGUAUAUGUAAUGACCGAAAUCAUCCCAAGAUCCGCUCACUGGCCAAUUACUGCUUUGACCUCCGCUUUCAGCGGCCUCGAGUAGAACAAAUCAAGGGAGCAAUGAUGACUGUUGCUUUUAAAGAAGGCUUGAAGAUUCCCCCUCCUGCUAUGAAUGAAAUUAUACUUGCAGCAAAUCAGGACAUCAGACAGGUUCUGCAUAAUCUGAGUAUGUGGUGUGCAGAAAACAAGACUUUGACUUAUGAUCAGGCAAAAGAAAAUGGCAGCAAGACGAGAAAAGAUACUAAACUGGGUCCUUUUGAUGUUGUGAGGAAAGUAUUUGCUACUGGAGAGGAGGCGGCCCACAUGAGUCUGAUAGACAAGUCCGACCUUUUCUUUCAUGAUUACUCAAUAGCACCGCUCUUUGUGCAAGAAAACUAUUUGCAAGUGAAGCCCGCAGCUGCUGGAACAAACAUGAAGAAGCACCUCAUGCUCUUGAGUAAGACAGCAGAAAGUAUCUGUGAUGGGGAUCUUGUUGAUAAAAGAAUUCGUUCUCUGCAGUCGUGGAAUCUCCUCCCUACUCAGGCCAUUUAUGCCAGUGUGAUCCCUGGUGAGUUGAUGAGGGGAUACAUGUCACAGUUUCCAAGUUUCCCAAGCUGGUUGGGAAAAUUUUCAUCCACUAAUAAACAUGAUCGUAUUGUGCAAGAACUUACCAGGCACAUGUGCCUAAGGACGCAUGCCAGUAAACGAGCUGUAAACUUGGAUUAUCUUCCUUACCUGCGGGAUACUUUGGUGCAGCCUCUAACACUUCAGGGAUCAAAUGGUGCUCAAGAGGCAGUUGCAACAAUGAAUGCAUAUUAUCUGAUGAAAGAGGAUGUAGAUAGUAUCAUGGAGAUUAGCAGCUGGGCUGGUCGACCUGAUCCUUUCUCAAAACUAGAUCCUAAGGUGAAAGCUGCAUUUACACGGACCUAUAACAGAGAGACACAUUUGACUCCCUAUGCACUACAAGCUGUAAAGAAAUUGAAACGUGGAAGUACAGCUGGAUCAUCACUGGACACUGAACCUAAUGAUGACUUGCAGACAGAGGAUGUACAGUCAGAAGAGACUGAGGAUAAUUUGGAAUUAGAUGGAAUGAUUAAGCCAAAGAAACCAAAAGCAAAGAACAAAAUUGAAGAACAAUUACCACAGCAGAAAGGAAGAAAAGAUAAAGGGAAACGAAAAGCAACCAAAUGAUAUUGUCCAGAAACCAGCUGAUUUUUAUCUGAUUGUAGCUCUGCUGAUAAGAAACAAUUGCAGAGACCAAUCUCAAUGUUUGCUGCUUAAUAUGACAGUUCAAGGAAAAGUGUAAUUUCUUUCAGCUUCUAAAAACUUAUAUUUACUGUCUUUACUCACUGCAGUAGAGAUGUGAGAAUUAUUCAUUGUAUAUAUGCAAUGCAAAAAAACUACCCUUUAGGUAUUUUUUGAAACUGUACAUUAACAAAAUUUGGCAUAAAUUCCUUUUUUAAAUAAAGAAUUUUUUGCAGUCUCAUCAGCAACAGGAAGGUGAUUCCGGUGUUACUUUCCUGUGCAGACAUAACUGCUGAGAAAAGAUUUGUGGAUUAGCUGGUCUAUUCCCUGCACUGGGCUCUGAAGCUUUGACAUCUGUGAAACAUUGGUUCCUGUUCUUACUAUGGCCUUGUUUGCAACUAGUUUACCCCUCUGUCCAUAGCAAUACCAAUACCAAUGUGGUAAAGUUAUCUUGCGAGCCUAUAAUCCAUCAUCCCUUCUCUCUCUUUUGCCCCCUCAAAAUGAAAGAAAAAUUCAGACUCCUAGUUCUGCACUUUAUUUUUAUGAGAUGAGUACAGAGGACUGUGUUAUGCUGACAAAAACUGAAGAUGUCAGAUUAUUCCCAUGAGAGUAAAGCCAUUAACUCAAGAAUAUAUUGCAAUUUUGGUGUUUUUAAAAAAAAAUCUCAUUCACAAAAGACUUUCUGCUUGUAGGAUGACAAGGGAGAUGUAUGCAAGGUUGCUCAGUUGUCACAUCCUGGAAUGAACAAGGAAGUAUCAUUGCCUAAGUCAUGUGGCUGCAUGCCAUAUUUUGAAAAGUUUAGUUAUAAUUAAUAUUCCAGCAAUUUUUAUGUCCAGACUUGGUACCUGAUCUGUUGAAUACCCCAGCUUUCAGUCAGUCACUGAUUGCUUGGUUUGUCCCUAGUGAGGUGUAAUAUAAUGCUUGUUGAUUCCAUGGAAUAUUUUUGUUGCUCCUUCCAAUGCAAAUCAAAGCAAGUUGCUGUGUGGAAAUGAUUUUUUUGUUACAUUAAAUGCUCUGAAAGCUU